UCAAAAUAAAAUACGAAAAUCAGGUUCGGUAUUUGUUAAAUUUCUUUUUCCUAAAUAAAACAAUGGCAAUUGUAGAAGAUGGAGUGCGAAAUGAUUCUGAAGAAGAUAAUGAAAUAGAAGUGUAUGUUGAAGAGGACGAUGCGGAUCAAGAUUCUGAUGAUUCAGACGAUGAUGAUGAAGAGGUGUCAGAAAGAAAAGUAUUGGACUUGGAGAGCCAAAUAGCAGAUGAUCCAUACAAUUAUAAUGCCCAUGUUGAAUUAAUACAAACUCUAUGGAGUUUAUCAGAACUGGACAAAUGGCGGUUUGCCUUUGAUCGAUUCCAGCAAACAAUGUUACUACGUCCAGAGCACUGGCUGCUGCGUCUCCAGACAGAGGAAACUCUAGCACAUUCCGCUCAGUCCAUUGAAUUUAUGGCAGAUCUAUUCAAUCAGGCGUCUUAUGACUGCUAUUCUAUUCCAAUACUAAAUCUAUGGUGUUCUUGGGCAAUGAGCAUCGGUACAGAAGAUGGUAGGGCACAAAUAGAGGAAGUACUCAAAAGGGCUGGUUCCGAUCCCUUUUCUGGGAAACUAUUCUGGGAAGCAAGACUGGAACUGGAGAAAACAAAGCUUCAAUCAUUGGGUGAAGACCAUCCAGAUCUAAAGAGUCAGAAGCAGCAUGUUCUAUGGGUCUUAGAAGAAGUGGUGUCCCGGCCGUUGUUGAGAGGUGAUGAAGGCUGGCAACCAUUUGAAGAGAUGGCGCUAGAACUUAAAGACCAGACUUAUGUAGACAAAGUUAAAAAACAACACGAAGCUGCUCUUGAGUAUUUACAUAAAAUCACACCUUUUGAAGAUAAACUACUAAUAAUGGAAGAUCCCGCGGAAAAAGCUCAAAUAUAUCUGGAAUACAUUGAACUUGUCAAGGAAUUAUCAAAACAGGAUAAAUAUUUGGAAUGUGACAGUAACAGUAUUUUAAGGGUUCUUUACGAGCGUGCGACGACACAAUGUGCGACCGGGGAAGUGUUACACGACUUGUUGUUUGAGUACGCGAAACAUUCGCAACAGAACAGUUCGCGUAUGACAACGCGGCGUGUGUUAGAGGCCUGUGUACGGAGAUGUCCCAGCAAACAUACAUUCUGGACCCUCAAGAUGCAGCAAGCUGAACACGAGGAGGCUGACUUUGAUGAGAUUAAAUCUAUAUUAGAAAUAGCGCUAUCAAAAGGUAUGGAGUCUUAUUUGCAAGCGGAAUCUCUCUGGAUGAGUUAUCUUGAAUUCUGCAGACGAAGAACUGAUUUUGAUAAAGAAUCUGAUGUGGACAGAUUGCGACGUACUUUUAGACUGGCCUGGGAUUCACUUGGUGAAACUUGGGGUAGUGAGGCGAAUGAUUGCGAAUUGCCGUUAUUUUGGGCACACGUUGAAUACAAGCGUAUGAAAGAUCCCAAACAAGGCAAAGAAAUAUUUGAAGAAAUAUUCAAAUACGGUGAGAACAUAACUCUAUGCAAGUACUGGGAGCCGCUGCUGCAGCUGGAGAGCGAGCGAGGUGCGGGUGUGGAGGGGGGCGCGGGGGAGCAGCGCCUGCGGGAGCUGCACCGGCGAGCAAUGCGCUGUGUACGCGACUACCCGCCCACCAUUGCCCGACUCUGGCAGAACUUUGAGCGACUCUACGGACAUCUGGACAACGUCACACAAUGCGCCAAACUAUCCAAUGACAAAGUGAAAGAAUGGCGUAAAAAUUACCACGCUAUGAGAGAUAAAAUGACCGGUGGUGCACAGAAAGGUAAACCGGUUCAGAAUAAAAAGACAAAGUUUGAUGAUAAGAAAAAGAUAAAAGAUAAGCAGCAGCUGGGUAAAGGGAAGAGGAAGUCUGGUGAUGAGGAUGGUGAAGGCAGUGGAGUUAAGAGGAGAAAGGAGAGCGAAAUGGAUGUAGAGGUGAAAGUGAAAGAGAACGAUACUGGCGGAGUGAAGAGGUCUCUUGAUGAAGAUAAAGAAGUGAAGGAUAACAAGCGGCAGAGGACGGAUAGUUCCUCUAGUGGCCCUUUGUCUGCGGGUAGAGAGGCCUGCACGCUGUUUGUUAGCAAUCUAGAUUUUAAAGUGAACGAGCAGAAUUUACGCGAUAAACUGUCAGAGUUCGGAGACAUAGUUUCUUUACGAGUGAAAGCGGGCGUCAAAGCCUUCGGCGGAUCCAUCUGUUAUUGCCAGUAUAAGACUGCGGAAUCAGUAGAAGAGGCUAUUAAACAUGACCGCACACCAUUAGAUGGACGACCUAUGUUUCUUUCAAAGUACUCAGUUAACAAAUCCAAGUCUUUCAAAUAUGCGACCACAGCGGAGAGGAAUAAACUGUUUGUACGCAACUUGCCAUACGACAAGUGCACUAAGGAAGAUCUUACCAAAGUUUUUGACAAAUAUGGCACCCUUAAAGAUGUCAGAAUUGUCACCUUCAAGGAUGGCAAACCGAAAGGUCUAGCGUACAUAGAAUAUGAAGACGAGGCGAGUGCGUCUGAAGCAUUGAAGCAGACUGAUGGACUUCAGCUGGGCGACAGGAAGCUGCAGGUGGCGGUCAGUGAGCCGCCGCCCAAGCCCAACACAGCGCCCACGCCCACGCUGGGACAGGCAAAACGAGAUGCCGCAGGCGGCAUGCGUCGGACGCAGUUGAGCAGUUUUAUACCGAGCGUGUUACAGAAACCAUCCACAAGUAAAGCCUCAAACGGACAAGACAACGGACACGAAGACAAGAAACCGCUCACGAACACUGACUUUAGAAAUAUGCUACUUAAUAAGUGAAGUGGGGGCGCGCCAGUGCCCACGCCGAUGAUAUAAGUUAAGUCUAUUUUAAGCAUAAAUACUUUGGUUUGUUAAAUCAUUGGUUGUUUACAAUUUCAAGUAAAGAAUUAUUCUUACUACUA